GAGAGAGACCGUCGACCAUGACAACCACAACCACCACCAUUAACCACCAAGUUGAUCAAGAUCAUAUGCUACUCAUAUCUCAGUUGUACCCUGAUGUUUACACCCAAAUUGUGCCCCAGCAAGCAGCGAUUAAGCCACGACGCCGCCGUAAGAAGAGCAAGGGUGGAGAAGCUGAAGGCGCGGGAGCGAAGAAGAGGAAGCUCACUGAAGAACAAGUGACUCUUCUGGAGCUCAACUUCGGGAACGAGCAUAAACUGGAGUCUGAGAAGAAGGACCGGCUCGCUUCCGAACUCGGACUCGACCCUCGUCAAGUGGCUGUUUGGUUCCAGAACCGAAGGGCUCGCUGGAAGAACAAGAAGCUGGAGGAAGAGUACUCCACCUUGAAGAAGGCUCAUGAAAACGUCGUCGUUGAGAAAUGCAAGCUUGAAUCCGAGAUGCAAAAGCUCAAGGAGCAACUCGCUGAGGCGGAGAAGGAGAUCCACAGGUUGUCGGAACGUGCCGAAGGCGGCGGUUCGAGCAACAGCCCGAGCUCCUCGCUGACGAUGGAAGCGAAUGUUGAUCCUCCGUUUUUCGGAGAAUUUGGGGUGGGGGAGUAUGAUGAUGUUUUCUACAUGCCCCAAAACAGCUACGUUAAUGGCAUGGAAUGGAUGCACCCGUAUGUGAACUCAAUUAGUUAUUAGAAUUUUGUAGAUGGUGACAACCUAGCUAAUGUAAAUCGUUUUCUUUCUCUCAGUACU